ACACUCAGACUAGUUCAGAGCAGCCUGAACAUCUCUCACGCGCUGUGGGAAGACGAAGCUCCAGCUGGAACAUCCAGGGUUCAGCUGCUGUGACAAAAUUGUGGAGCUACAAACAGCGGUUCCCUUUUCUUUUUAGCUGUCAUCAUCAUAUCUCACCUAGUGACUGAAUUACCCCCAUAACAAAGUAUGGAGGGGGCCGUGGUGAACAACCUGAUAGACUUUGAUUCGCCCCCAGAAGGGACAGCUCCCUCUGUUGUUGGACCUCCCAGUGGGGUGGGAUUUUUCUCAUCCGAGCCUCUUGUCCCUCAGCCUGCAAGCGAUGCCACGAUGGAGCCCCUUCUACCAGAGCCAAUGGUCCCCACACACACUUCCCACAGAGACGAAGAUAGUGAUGCCACCGAAUCUGCCGACAGUGACAACGAGGACACAGAAUCCCCAUUGCACCCAUCGAGUACGCGACGGUCCUCAUCCUGCUCCAGUCACAGUGCUGAGGACGCAGAGGAGACGGAGAUAAGAGCGUUCAUGAAGACCUAUGUGGCAAAGCUCUUCCAUGGAAGGGAGGACUUUGAUCAAGAGGAGAAGGCUCGCUUUGGAGAGCUGUGCACUGGAGAGAACGGCAAAGGCAGGGACUGGUUUGCCAAAUAUGUCAGUGCACAGCGCUGCCACUCCAAAUGUGUGAGUGAACAGACGUUCUACAGGCUGGUGCAGUCCUUCGCUGUUGUUUUAUUUGAAUGUCACCAGGUGGAUGAUUAUGGCCCAGCCAAACACCUCAUGACCAUGUGCUUCACAUAUUACUACAUGGGUAAGUCCCAGCUAUCUCCCACAGAGCUGCUAGAGAGGCCCAGCGGGGGGAUCGACUCGUACCUGCGCAGUGGAAAGGUCUGGCUCUCUGGGAAGAAAGAUAUUGCAGAGCGACUGCUCAAAAACACCUCCGCUAAGACUGAAGUUAAAGGAUUCUUUGGGGGUCUGGAGAGCAAAUUGAGAGGGCCCUUGGGCCGAAAGAAUGAAGACACGGACAAACCUGCUGAACAGAAAACCAAAACUCCAGUUUCCCCCCCUCUCUACCCGGAUAGAAAAGAAGAGGAGAAAAUCUACCUGUACACACAGCUAAAACAGCAGCCCAUUUGGCACACUUUGAGGUUUUGGAACGCAGCAUUUUUCGAUGCCGUCCACUGUGAGAGAAAUAAAAGAUCCCCCACCACGAGGCGGACGGCUGAGGAAGAGAAAGAUGAAAGAGAAAAGUGGUGUCAUAUGACCCAGGAAGAGAAAGAUGAUAGCUCCAGAUUUAAUGAGAACAUCACUUUUGGUCAGCUGGGAACAUUCACCCAUAAUAUGGUGGCUUUUGGAUUGAGCAAGAAACUCUGCAAUGACUUCCUGAAGAAACAGGCAGUCAUUGGAAAUCUGAAUGAAGAGCAAUACAAGCUGCUGUGUGACCACAUUGAGCAGAUGGCUGCAGAGUGAAUAUCCAAAACCAUCGAAACUCUUCCAUUCACAUCAGCAUAUCCA